AUGUUGCUGAAAGACUUCCAAAACGAACUCGAGGAAAGAAGUGCAUGUGCUGCGUCACGUGGCUUCACCCUUGAGUAUCAAAACAAACGAGAACAAGAAAACAACACCAUCUGCCUUGAACAGCUCGCUCCGGCUACUCUCAUGAAAUGGAGACUUUCCCGGCACGAAGCGAUCAAUGCCAAUUUUUCCAAGAAUGAACCUGAUUCUACCCCUAAAUUUUUGAAAUCUUUUGCCAAGGACUAA